AUGUUUUUCACCACUCCCUCCCUUAUCCUACCUGCCCUGUCUCUGGGCGUCACAGUCGUUACUGCACAAGAUGGCUUUAUUCCCCAUGCCUCGAAGCUGUUUACAUGGCCCGACAUCCCAUACAAAGUCGAUACUUCCACCGGUUUAUCGAGAGGAGAGCAACUCGGCUACAAUAUCUGCAACUCCACCACAGAACAUCAGGACUCGCUCUGCCAAACGAUGCAUUUCAACAGCAUCGAUGAUUUCUGUCUCUGGGGGCCCCCAGAGUUUGGAGAGACCGUCGGGGCUGUUGAGGGCAAGAUGGUCGCUUGGUGCACCAAGCCCGGUCACGGUACUCGGUUGAUCCCCGCCGGUGCACUCACUGGCGUCCAAUGGAUGAGGACCCCCGACUACAUCCAAGUCGUCGGAUUCCUUGACCAGACCAAGAUCAAUGUGCUUCCUGACGACGAUGGAGGUGAGAUGGACCCCCAUGGCGAGGACCAGCGUGGUAACCCAAUGGGUGGUCUGAUGUUCACCAAUGCAUGGUCCGAAGACGGUUCGACACCCCAGCAGGUUAUUCAAUGGCAUAAUUUCCUGGGCGCCGGCAUUUUCUGCCUCAAGGCCUGCGACCCGCGAGGAGAAUUCGACGCUCAAUACUGCGAGCACAAACUGGAUCGUAUCGGUUGUGCCUACAAUGCCCCCAACAACGCUCAAGACGGCGUUUUCGAGACCUGCGAAGGCGAAAGCCAGGACUUCCCCGGUGUUUACACCGACGAAAAUGGCGAAGUGCAGACGUACACUCAGCCUGCAUCCGACAUCUGGCCGGUUCCGUACACCCCUCGUAUCCCUUCUUCCUCCAACUGCGUCACCCACACCAGCGCUGCUCUCUAUACUGCCCUUCCGACUGUUACCAGUGACUCUCCUGGCCCCUCUGAAACCCCCCGUGUGAUAACCAGUCGGUCCUCCGCAACAUCGGAGUCUGGGACUGGAACAGGUGCCCCAAGGGCCACCGGUGGUGCGGGCUCAACGGACGACUCAGAGACAGGUUCUGGCAGCCGUGUCGCAGCCCCUGCCAUGUUGCUUCUCGCAUCUGCCUUCUCCCUCUUCCUGCUUUGA